AUGGCCAAUUGUGAUAAAAACAAAAACAUGAAUGCCCUGGAUGCUUUACGAAAACGUCGCGAAGCACUUGAAGCAAUAGUUAAACAUCACAAACAUAAUAAUUUUCAAAGAACACACACAAUAUCUCUUCAAGAAUUGGAAGAUAAUAAAUAUAAAAGCUCAGAUCGACAAUCAACGGAACCAAUUGCUUCCGGUAUGUUAAAUGAUGUUAGUAAUCCUGUCGAUCCAAAUAAUCUAAGUAAAAAUAGCGAUAUUAUUGAAGAUAGUGAAGAAGAAAAUUUUAUGAAAUGCUGUAAGCCAAAGAUGUUUAUUACUUCUAGUACUGAUGAUGAAGUUAAUACUUCCACAUUCUCUUUGCCUCGAGCACAUACCUUUUUUGGAAGCACUGAAAAUAUGGAUGUCUUAGUCCAGUCACAAAAUAACAAUGAAGCUAUGAUCAGUAACCCUAAUAAGAAGAUACAAGUACUUUCAUGUAAAAUUAUAAAAAAGCCCACUGAAAAUGAUUCUAAUAGUGUGCAGAUGCCUCUUCAGCAGUCACCAAUAUCUCCUACUCGAGUUUUAGUAUUUGACGCAGUAAUGACUUCUACAUCUGAAAUGAUAAACCCAGAACAAGAUUAUAAUAUUUCGCACUUACCUCUCCAGCAGCCACCGACAUCCUCAGCUAUAGUUGUUACAUCUGACGCUGUAAGUACUUCUACACCUGUAAUUACAAACCAAGAACCAGAUUAUGAUGCUACGCAGUUACCUCUUCAGCAGUCACCGAUGUCUCCUUCUGUAAUUGCAUAUGACGCCGUAAUGAUGCCUUUAACUCCUGAAACUUACAGAACAAACUUUAAUAAUUCGGAUAUUAAUUCGUGCCUAAAUCAAACUGAAAUUCAAAAUGAAACUAAAGGCAAAAAACGGCGUAAAACUGGAGUAAAAUCUUAUAUGGAUUUCCUCUCAGAUGAGGACAAGUUAGAUUAUUCUUCAGGUAGCUCCAACAAUUGGUCUAGAAAAGAAUCAGAAAGUAGUAGUGAAGAAGAAAUGGGUAUAAGGAAGAGAAAAGUUAAGAAAAACUCUCAUGUAGAAAUUAAAAAGAAAGAAAAGCCAGGAAAUAAACGUAAGAUCAUCAAGAAAUUAAAGGUAGAGGGAAAGUCUUACGAAAACAGGAGUGGGAAAAUCGUUCCCGAAAAAGAAAUUAAAAAUAAUCCAUGUAUAAAGGGCAAAUGCAGCAGAGGAUGCUAUGAUAUACUAGAAGAGAGACGUCGGUCGUUAUUUGCACACUUCUGGAGUUUAGAUUCUCAACGGAGGCGCGAUUGAAUUGCUACAUUUAAAAAGAAAUACGAAAACCAAAUAAAUGUCAAAUAUUCAAUGGCAGAGGAAGCUGAAACUCAAAAUAUAACGUUAAUGGAAAAGCCAUCAGUCAAAGGAAAAGGAAAAGGAAAAGGAAAAGGCAAAGGAAAAAGUAAAGCAAAAGACAAGUCAAGCGAAAACAAAAAGCAGGAAGCGGAAGAAGUUAAGCCACUAUAUACAACUAAAUUAAACAUUAACAAACAAAAAUACAUGGAUUUGACACGUCUCUGUGACAACGGAACUAUACCUAAGAGAUUUCAUGAAGAAUAUAGAAAGCUUCCAUGGAGCUCUAAUGUUUGUGAUACAUUAAAUGAAACUGAUGAAGAAGAUAAAGAAGAAGUAGAUAAAGAAGAUAAAAAUAAUACUGAAAAAGAAAAUAAUUCUAAAGAUGAAUAA